AUGGCGGCGUGCGCGACCACCCGUCGUUUGUUAACAGUAACGAGACGCGGGUUAAGUUCGAAAGCAGACAAAAAUGUCGCGUUCCUCGGCCUCGGGAAUAUGGGAGGAUACAUGGCCGCAAAUCUUGUGAAGCAGGGCUUCAACGUACGCGGCUACGAUCCCUCGAAGGAUACUUUGGCGGCGGCGGCCAAAAAUGGCAUCAGCAGCGCCAAUUCUAUUGCAGCUGCAGUCGACGGCGUGGACGUUGUGGUGUCCAUACUGCCAAGCAACAAAAUUGUGCUCGAAGCAUACCUCGGCAAAGAUGGUGUUGUUAACCAUGCAACAAAAGGAGCUCUUCUUAUAGACUCCAGCACAGUAAACCCAAAUGUGCCCAAAGAAAUAUUCCCCGUGGCCACAGAGAAAGGAGUAAACUUCAUUGACGCACCGGUGUCUGGAGGCGUAAUGGGAGCGCAGAACGCGACUUUAGCGUUCAUGGUCGGGGGCAGGAAGGGCGAUUUCGACAGGUCGCUGCCGAUGCUCAGAGCGAUGGGCGCGAAGCACUUCCACUGCGGGGAGAUCGGCUCCGGCCAAGUGGCCAAGCUCACCAACAACAUGCUGAUGGGAAUCACGGGAAUGGCCACCGCCGAGUGUAUGAACAUGGGCAUAAAAAUGGGCCUAGACCCGCAGGUGCUGUUGGAUGUACUGAACAACUCCUCGGCUAGAUCAUGGUCCACCGAAGUGUACUGUCCAGUCCCCGGAUUAGUACCAACAGCACCCUCCAGCCGGAACUACGACGGCGGUUUCAAGAACGAACUCAUGGUUAAGGAUUUGGAGUUGGCAAGUGGAAUGGCCCUUGGAAUCAGAUCGCCGAUCCCUCUGGGAGCAGUUGCCACGCAACUGUAUCGCAUCGUGCAAUCCCGCGGCUACGGUCAGAAGGACUUCUCCUUUGUAUUCCAACUGCUCAAAGACGAAUCUGAGAAGAAG